CCGACCAAAUUAAUUUUCUUUUGGAGGGACGCAAUAUCUAUCUAUCUGUCGAAUCUGUUUGCGCGCAAUUCGACAACGAUGCAUACUACGUUCUUUUAACAUGCCACUCUCUACUUCUGGCAGAUUUGCCUUAAGAUUCUCAAGGCAAGCGGAAUGUGCGGUUGCUGAGAUACCCACUUUCCUUUGUCCCCUACUUGCACGAAGUUCGCAAUUCUCUAAACUGGUACACAACCAACCACGAAGGAAUGUUCAGUUACAGCGUAGAUAUGUCCAGUCGCAGGCUCAACCACAAGCUCAAGUCCUGGAGAUAGCGGAAUUAACUUCUGAUGUCCCAGCGCAAGCUUUACCCAAAUUGCCGUCCCAAUGCGCCGGAUGCGGUGCAUUAUCACAGACAACCGUCAAAGAUGAAGCGGGCUAUUUUUCGUUGACAAGGAGGUCUAUUAAGGAAUACUUGGGGGCUCCAUACGCGGCGAAGAAUGCAAAGGCCACAGCAGAAGACGAAAUAGUAAAGAGAGCCCUGAAAAAUGUCGACAGUACGAUUCUCGAGACCCUGGGGAUGGAGAAAUCUGCAGCUACAACUACAUCUACAUCCACAUCCAUGGAACCGCCCGUGUGCGAUCGAUGUCACAAUCUCAAGAAUCAUCAAACGGGUGUUUCUAUAUAUCAUCCUUCCGUAGAAGCACUUCAACGAACGAUAUCUGAAUCUCCUUAUAAAUACAAUCACAUAUAUCAUGUCAUAGAUGCCGCAGACUUCCCCAUGUCUUUUAUCCCCGCUCUGACCAAAACAUUAAACGUGACGCCCCAAAGAUCACACAAUCGGCGUUCGAGAGCAGCGAAAUUUUAUAGUGAUAAGAAGACUGAGGUUGAUUUUGUGAUCACGCGGUCGGAUCUUCUGGCGCCAACGAAAGCGCUGGUUGAUGGAAUGAUGCCGUAUUUGACGGCCGUGCUGAGAGAUGCGCUGGGGAGGGCGGGAAAGGGGGUUCGCUUGGGAAAUGUUAGGUGUGUUAGUGCGGAAAGGGGUUGGUGGACAAAGCAGAUGAAGGAGGAUGUUUUUGAGAGGGGCGGAGGUAAUUGGAUGGUGGGAAAGGUUAAUGUGGGAAAGAGUCGGCUUUUUCAUGAAGUGUUUCCAAAGGGGAGGGGCAGGAAUGAGGUGGUUAUUGGGAAGCCUCUUUUAGUACAUGCCCCGAAGGAUGAAGGGGGGCCAGAGCUAAGGGCUAUUGGGGAAUCCGAGUCUAUGCUGGUGGAUGCAGACACUAAUAAAAGUGUUACAAAUGAGGUUACUCCGCCUACGGUCUCUUACACACCAACGGUAAUAGAAUCAGCGGACGUGGAGGAGGAAUCCGAAGUUAAGCAAUUACCAGAGGAUGAUUCACAUAACACAAUGCCACUUCUUCCUCCGGCACAACAAGAAACAACAUAUCCCUCAAUGCCGCUUGUGUCGUCCCUUCCUGGCACAACCGCAUCGCCAAUUCGAGUACCAUUUGGUAAUGGAAAAGGAGAGCUUAUCGAUCUUCCUGGGCUAUCAAGGGGCGAACUCGAGCUUCACGUACAGCCAGAGUAUCGAAAUUCGCUUGUAAUGAAAUCUCGAAUUAAACCGGAACAAAAAGUGAUGAAGCCUGGUCAGUCAUUGGUACUGGGUGGUGGUCUCAUCAGGAUUACACCCUUAGAUCCAGAUGUUGUUUUGAUGGCUUAUGCUUUCACAUCUAUCGAGCCUGACCCUCAUUUGACAUCAACUGAAAAAGCUAUUGCUAUGCAAAGAAGAGGUAAAGAGCCGUUCAUUGAUAACAUUACGAUUCCUGGAAGCGAAGAGAAGAUCACUUCAGCUGGAGUUUUUCCUCUAAAGUGGGAUGUCACGAAGGCACGUCUAGGCCCAGCCACAAAGUCAUUGUUCCAUAAGACCAAAUUAGAUCAACUCCCCUUCCACAUCCUUUCUACAGACAUUUUGGUUGAAGGGUGUGGAUGGAUUGAACUUGUAGCACAAGUUAGCAAAAGGCGUCUCAUGAAGCAAGACACAAUCAAGAAUGAUAAAGCACAGGAUAUAACCUGGAGAUGGGGAGAUGAAAAUGAGGUAGCGGAUGACGUACCAUGGCCAUCAGUAGAGGUAUUUACUCCUGAAGGCAAAUUUAUCGCUGCUAGGAAACCUAUGAAUGCAUGGAUGCACAACGUAAAGAAGCAGAAAAAAGUUAAAGCCAGGCCUAGGCGCAGUAUGAAGGGAUUUGAAAAAUCGAAAAAAGCUAGGGCGAAGCUGGCAUGGGCAUAGGAGACAAUAAUAAGAGCGCACAUAGCAGGCGUCAAUCCCAAGCAAUACCCAUCCUACUCUAGUCAAUGAAAAUUACACACCAUACGUGCUUUCUCAAUAAGAGAAUACCAAACCAAUAAGUCUGUGAGGAACAGCCCACUCAAACACUCAAAGAGCGUUCUACGUACAUUUGUCUACAAUAACUCACCUCGUUUUCUUUUCCUCUUCUCUUCUUCUUUAAAUCACUAUAACAACUUUUAAUACAUAUUUUAUACAAUCUUU